AUGCUCAUUUUUCUUGUGUUAAUACUUUUAUUUUUUAUUUUUAUUUUAGUUACGUCGGCUUCCCAUGCUUUUGUAUUUAAGUUCAAUAAAUACAAGGACAGCCUGUGGUAUUUUAUAUGGAACAAUGAUAUCCCAGAAGAGUUUCAUGGCAGCAACUGCAUCCGCGUGGGUACAUUGGGUCCCCAACAGGAAGACACGCAAAAAAUUCGUAUAGUAUUCAUUCGCCAUGGUCAGUCCGUCUGGAAUUCUGUCUAUAACGAGAAGAAUAGAGAUUUGCCCUUCAACAUCGUGCGUACCCUCCUUCUUGAGAUAAGGUAUUUCUUCACCCAGCCGCUCGCAUCCGGGCUUAUCGACUCACCUCUCAGCGCGGAAGGAAUCCAGCAGUCUAAGGAACUGGCGAAUUUCAUGCAGGGGGCGGAGGGAAGGAUCUCCUUCGAUACCUCGACUUCUGUGAUUCUCUGUAGUAAUCUGCGUCGUACCAUGCAGACCGCGCUUAUUGGACUUGACCCACGUCUCAAGUUGUCGGGGGAGAAAAUUGUGGUUAACUCUGCACUACAGGAGGGAUCCCGAUUCAUUGAUACCCAUUCUUUUUCCUCAGAAAGCGGUAAAAUGGCACCCAUGACAUUCCCAGGCUUUGAAGACCCCGCGAAGGUGCUGAACAUGUUUGAUGCCCGCCUAAAUAAGGGAAAUAAGUCGAUCGAAACGGAUCUGAACGGGCGUUCGGAUAUUUUUUUGUCUCACACCUUCGGUGGGACCAUCGUGCCGGCUAUUUCUGGUGAGAAUGGAGCUAAAAACCUGAACGAAAUCAUUGUUGUCGGGCACAGCAUAUUCUUUCGUAAUUUUUUUAAACGCUUCCUGCCAAGGAAUUCUUCGCAUAUUGCCAAAAAAUACAAGAUGGAGAAUUGCGCUGUAGUUGCAUUUGAUUUAAUUCGAAAUGUAUCAACAGGGGAGGUAGUUAUUGAUGAAAAUUCCAUUAAACCGCUUUAUAAGGGAUUCAUUAAGACAUAG